AUGUCGUGGAGAGGAGGCGGCCAAUCGCAAACAGGUAGCAACUCCAUCCCGCUCGGCCCUCGAAAGAGAGGAGGUCUUGGAAGUGAAGAUGCCCCAAAUCCUUACAUUCCACCAGACUUGCCUCAUUCUUUCGCCAAACAAGAACAAUAUGAAGUCAAGCGAGAGGCUGAUCCUGUUGAAGAAGGUGGCCCAAGAAAGAAACGCUCAAGAUGGGGUAACGAGACAAGCAAGGUCAACGUCCCUGGUAUCUCUACAGUCUUGCCAAGUGGUCUUACUCCUGAACAACAAGAACUCUACAUCAUCAAUAUGAGAAUUGAAGAGCUUACUGGCAAACUCAAAUCUGGCGAUCUUGUUCCGCUCGAAAGAUCACCUGAACCGGAACCCAUAUAUGGUGCUGAUGGUAAAAGAGUAAACACUCGCGAAUAUCGAUAUCGUAAAAAGUUUGAAGAAGAACGUCACGCAUUGGUUCAAUCUGCCGUCAAAUUGAGUCCCGACUUUAAACCUCCUUCCGAUUACAAAAAGCCCACCAAAAUGACAGACAAGAUAUAUAUACCUGUAAAGGAUUUUCCUGAAAUCAACUUUAUUGGUCUAUUGAUUGGUCCACGUGGUAAUACGUUAAAGAAAAUGGAAUCUGAAUCUGCUGCCAAAAUCUCCAUUCGAGGUAAAGGAUCAGUCAAGGAAGGCAAAUCAAGAUCAGAUGGACCGACUCCUGGUGAAGAAGAAGAUCUACAUUGUCUUGUCACUGCCGACUCUGAAGAGAAGGUUCGAAAAGCAGUCAAGGCUAUUGAGAGAGUCAUUGAAACGGCUGUGAACAUUCCUGAAACUCAGAACGAAUUGAAGCGUAAUCAACUUCGUGAAUUGGCUGCUCUCAACGGUACAUUGCGAGACGAUGAAAACCAGCUUUGCUCAAACUGUGGUGCUCCUGGUCAUCGACGAUAUGAAUGCCCUGAAGGCAAAAACUUUACUGCCAACCUUGUCUGUCGUAUUUGUAACGGUGUUGGUCAUGUUGCCAGAGAUUGCAAUCAACGUAACAAUCCAGAAUAUUUGCAGAAGGCCAAUCAACGUGAACAACAGCUGGACAAUGAAUAUGCCAGUCUCAUGGCUGAGCUCGGAGAAGGCGCUCGUGGAAUGGGACCUUCUGGAGGAGCUGGCCAUUAUGGACCUCCUCGUGGUCAACCUGCUGGUCGUGGUGGUGUAGGAAUGGGAUCUAGUGGAGGCGGUGGUUCUGCACCUUGGCAAUCCAGUCCAAGUAGUGGAGGUCCAAGCGGUGGUAAUUCCAUCCCUCCAUGGGCUCGUCAAGCUGCACAAUCUCAAAUGAAUAAUGGACCACCAGGCAUGCAAAACGACUAUGGUCCUCCAGGUAUGAUGAUGGGUCCACCUGGAAUGACUAUGGGGCCACCAGGAAUGGGUCCACCGCCAGGAUUUGGUGGAGGCAUGCCUUGGCAACAACCUCAACAACAGGCACCUCCUGGUUUGAAUUUCAACCCAUAUGGUCCACCUCCACCCCCUCCCAGUAUGCCAAAUGCGUAUGCACAACCCCAAUGGCAACCACCGCCGCCUCCACCUUCAGGAUUUGGAAUUGCGCCUCCUCCACCUCCUCCCGCACCAUCAAUGCAGCCUCCACCACCUCCACCAAUGUAA